AGCGAGGCGACUCCACCGCAGGAACCUUCAUUGGAAGAUUUACGGGAGUAGAUGUAAGACAGAUCUUGAAAUAGGAAGCCGUUAUAUUUUCGUUAGAGGUAAAAGUAUAUGUCGCUUUACCGCCAUGUACCCAUGGCCAGCUCUUAAGGAUCUCUCUCCAUCUUUGUGAGAUCACGUUCUGCUUUUCUCUGGUCGGAUCUACGCUCCGAGUUUCGCUGCGCUUUCUUGCGCAUAUCUAUCAUUAUGUGGGGGAGAAACGAUUUUGAAGAUGGAUAUGACACUUUUAAAACAGGUCAGUCUUAGUGUCUGUCGUCUAACACGAUCCGUCUAAUAUUAGAGCAGACAAGGAGCUAGCCGGACUGGGCAUGCUCAGAGCCAACCAGGGAAGGGAUGGACACUUUUAAAGGUUGCAGCAGCAGUUCUCCUGGGUGGGUUCCGGGGUGUGACUCUACAUGGCAACCCACGUCUUCCGCCCCUGGCAAUAGUAACCGCGGGCGACGCCACAGCACGGCAUCCGACAGCGGCGACACAGGCAUCGGGACCUCUUGUUCGGAUAGCGUGGAAGAUCACUCCAGCUCCAGCACCACCCCCUCCUUCCAGCCCCUGCGCUCCGGGGGGGGCAUCCCCACCGCCCACGUCAUGCCCUCCCCCUCGCCCUCCUCCAGCUCCAAGCUCUGCGGCCCCUCCACGGGCGUGGCCAGCCCCUGGAGCUCCUCCUGCCAGUUGGCCGCCCCCAGCCCUCCGGAUCCCUCUCUGGACAUGCAGGACCCUCGUCCCGUCAGGCGCUGGUCCUCCCUGACCCGUCUCUCCGCCCCGGAAAAGACCUGCCCCUCGGGGAGGGCGAGCGGCUACCGCUACGACCCCCACGGCUCCCUGGACCGCGGCUUGCUGUACGGCUACCGCCAGGAGCCUCUAGGGGGCUCCACCACCACCAUCACCACCGAGCCCUACCUUCCCCUCACCCAGGGCUUGCAGCUGCGCUCCCCGGGAGCGGACCCCCGCUAUCGGUACGACCCGGCCCGGGGCUCCCCGCUGAAGCCCCGGAGUCUGGACCUGGGCUACGGUGUGUUAACCGAGAGCAGAGCUCCAGGGACAGGGGCGGCCGCCAGCCUGGUGCUGCCCAGCCAGAGAGGCCUGCCGCUGGGACACCAGGCUCCGGGAGGCUCCCCCAUCCAGCCUGCCGUCCGGACCCAGAUGUGGCUGAGUGAACAGAUGGAGUACCGGCCCGAUCCGGAGGCCUGCGGCGGCGCCGGCCCCGCGCGGAACGGACCGGAGACGGGAGGGGGGCUGUCGGCGUGGCAACAGGAGCAACAACAGAGGGAGAGGUUGCGGCAGGAAGCGGAGAUAAACCAGAUGCUCGCGGGGACGUCGCUACCUGUCAACACUCUGGUGAAGAUUAAAGAGGGUCUGCUGAGGCAGAGAGAGCUGGAGAUCGACAGGCAGAAGCAGCAGAUCUUGCAGCUGCAUGCGCGGAUCAGGGAGAACGAGCUGAGAGCCCAGCAGGUCCUCCAGAGCCAGAGAGGGCGCUGUGAUGAGCCCUACCUGCUGAAAACCACCAAGCAGGAGCCGUCAUACGACAUGCCGCUGGUCCCGCCCCUGCAGGUGUCUGAUAGGCCGCUGUGCUGUGAGGGGGGGGAGCUUGGCAGGAAGCUGGCGGCCGCGGAGCUGGAGGUCAUCCACCUCAAUGAGUUCCUGAAGCAAAACGCCCAGAAGUACGCAGAGGACAUCAAGAAGCUGGAGGAGAAGAUGAAGACUCGUGAUCGCUACAUCAGCAGCCUGAAGAAGAAGUGCCAGCGUGAGAGUGAGCAGAACCAGGAGAAGCAGCAGCGCAUCGAGACCCUGGAGAAAUACCUGGCCGACCUGCCGUCCCUGGACGAGGUCCAGACACAGGCCCAGCAGCUGGAGGAGGUCCAGAAGAAGGCGGAGGGUCUGCAGGAGCAGGUGAGCCGCCUGGAGCAGAGCCUGGAGGAGGAGCGGAGCCUGCUGCGGGAGAAGGAGGCGCUCAUGGAGACCCAGGGGAAGAGGGAGAGGGAGCUGAUGGCUGCCGUUCACAGUCUGCAGACCAAGGUGGAGCAGUGUCUGGAAGACGGUGUGCGGCUUCCCAUGAUGGACCUGAAGCAGCUGGAAGCAGAGAACAGUAGACUUGUAGAGCAGCAGGAGCAGAGCAGCAAGCUGAUAGCCAAUCAGAAGAAGCAGAUAGAGGAGCUGACCCUGGAGCUGAUGGCAGCAGAAAGGAAACUACAACAGGAGAGGAGAUUAUCUGAAGAGCUCCAGUGUCAGCUACAGGAGAAGGAGGAGGACCUGACCUCCCUCUCCAGAACCCUGCAGGAGAACCAGAGGCAGGUGGAGGAAGGGGUGUUGGUGCGCCCGGCGUCCGGGAGCCAGGGGACCGAGGCUGGGCCCCUGCUCAGGGAGAUGUCCUUGUGUCUGCUGGAUCUCCAGGCCCUCUGCAGCAUCCUCACCCAGAGGGCCCAGGGCAAGGAGCCCAACCUGGCACUGUUACUGGGCAUCAAGUCGAUGAGCGUGUCGGGGGAGGAGAACGACAACGUGGGUCUAGAGGAGGGGCUGAAGUCCAAGCUGUCCGAGGUGGGACAGCUGCGGAAGGACGUGGACGCCCUGAGGACGGCCAUCUCCGACCGCUACGCGCAGGACAUGGGGGACAACUGUGUGACGCAGUGACGCGCCCCUCGCCGACAGGGGGCGCUGCCGCCACACGCGCGCUCCCUCUCUCUCUCUCCCCUCCCGAGGCACCACCCUUCCUCCGCCUCUCUCUCUCCUCGUCCAAAGAACUCUGGCACAGACCUGGAAGUCUGGUUCUAUAAAGGGAAAAAGAAACUAGGUACCAAGACUUUGUGUAUGUGUGUGUCUACACCCAGGCGUGUGUGGAAGUAUGUAUAGGGAGUUUUUCCCCCACCCUCCCCAUUCUAUGUGAUGGAGCGACACAGUCUUCAGCUAUUUGAAUGUAGGGCUAAGCUGUGAAUCGGGUUAGCAUGGCAGGGUCAGUCAUCUGACCUCACCGCGCUUCCUGUAUGUCCACCGAUGGACGAAACUCUUGUUGGAUCACGGACCUGUCUCAGAGUGGACAGACUUGUUCAUUCGAACCCUGGCUCUCCUGUGUGCGCUCACACCAAAGUGUGUUGAUAUGUGUGUUUUCUUUUUUUAGACGCUCCCUGCCCAAGCCCCUCCCACAAAAUCCCAGCCAGUAGGAAAUGACUCUGCUGCUCCGUCAAGUGCCUUUCUGUCUGACAGAGAUCCCACAAAUCAGAAUCUUCCUCCAUAAAACGUCACCUACUGAAACAUGUUGUCAAAUCACAACCCCCCCCCUAAUAAGCCCCGCCUCCCCACAGUGUGGAGUGACUCAGCCUUUCUCAACAUGACUGUCUGUACAUUAACUUCCUCUCUCCCCCCUUGCUUCCUGUUUAGACCUUUCUGAUGUCGUCAGAUUGUGUGUGUGUGUACCUGAGUUGGUGUAUGAAGUGUGCUUUGUGACUGGAGUGCAGGGCGUCUUAAAAGGGGGGGGGGUCAUGAUUCUUGGGUUUUAAAUUCCUGGCGACACCCCUGCUGUACUGUUAAGUGAAAUGGGGAGCCCCUGUUAUGAUCUCAUACAUAAGGAAACUGCAGUAGAUCUGGGUGUUGCUCGUCCCUCGGGGGAGACCACCAUCGGAUGCUUAGUAAGCUGCUGCUUGACAAGCAAUAUUACUGGACUCUGUUAAAAACCAGGUUAGGAACUAACCUUCAGGUAACAUUCAGGGGUCUUCUCAACCAAAACAGCUAUUCAGGAACCAAUGACAGGACUGACCAUAGCAUAUCGCUGUCACCGGUCUCCAAGACUAUAACUGAACAGAGAAACAUACAAUAUAUACACACAUGUAGAAGCACAGAUAGGCCUUGACGUUAGGUCAGGUAGCAUGUAGAUCUAACUCAACAGGUUUGUAUGUGUGUGUUCACCGGGAUGACCCGGGUGCAGAAGGUUCUCGAAAUAUCUUUGCUCUAGAUGAGUGACCCAGCAGCCUUAUAGGUCCAGCGCUUCUUUAAAUCUGUGGAUGUCGCCCUAUCACUUUACCCCAUCGCCCCUCCUCCCACGGUGACCAGAGAGAAAUACUGAUCUCUAGUCUUCUACCAGAAUUAACCAUGGGAACCAGUCAUGACAACCAGCACAGCACUCGUUUUCUAUCGGGUCAUAAACACUUUUGAAUUCCAACUUUAGAUACUGUAUAUACAAAAAAGGGGGGGGGUGGAAGUCUUUAUAGCCUGGUGUUUUAAAAGUAGCCUUUGUUUUGUAAAAAAAAGUACAUUGUGUUUUCGCAUGGACUAUGUUUGUCAUGAGCAUGGUUAGAAACCCUCCCUCAAUUAUUAACCAGUUAUGCUGAGAAAGAGGCAGAUUUGAUAAGUUAAUGGUGGGAUAGCAUUAUAAUUGAGGUAUUCUCUAUGCAACUAUGGCACCCACCAGCACAUUACAUUCAGUAAUUAUUCAGAUUAGAAUGUAAUCCUUCUCCCGUGCCUUUCAUAUCUAUGCAGUAGAAGUCUGCUUCCCAUUGUGGAUUGUAUAGUCUGGACUAGAGCAGCAUAUUAAAGUAUGAAGGUUAGUCCUGCUGACACUGUAAAUUGUACAGUCUUUUUUUUUUUUUUAUGGCCGUCAUAAAGCCAUAGGCACAAACAAUGCAUUGGCAUGUCCACUCAGGUAUAAGCCGAAGUGGCUGCCGUACCUGGUAGGAAACCUGGCAGAUGAUUGUACCGUAGAUGCUCGGAUGAACUGGACAACCAAGAAUCGCUGCUGAAGCUAAACCAAGUUAUGUGGCGACAAGAGGUUCACAUUUGAGGCAAAACAUUAACAUUCUAGUAAGAAAAGCUUGGACACUUUUGCAUAUGUCACAAUGUUGAGCUUGAAAUAUGAAAGUGUACAGCUAUUAUUGAUUUCCAUUUGUCCUCCAUGUAGAGGUCUAGAGUGAGAACUUUUCUGAAGACUGUAUAAAAGGGAAAUGUGUCAGUGUGUAACAGACGCGUCUAAAAAGGGAGAAAGCAUGGUUGUCUUGGCUGGUUCUCUCUACGAUACAAGCUGCUGGCUGGCCUCCAGACUGCGUAGGAAUCUGGUUUCAUAAAUUAUAAUAUUGUUCGAAGCUUUUUAGUUUUGCAGCUAGAAUUUAUGAAUGCCAAAGGUCUAUUUAUAUAUAUAUAAAAUGUUCCUAAAAGUAUUAACAAGUAUUUUUCCAUUUUCAAGAAGGGGUUUGAGCUCAAGUAUUUGUACAGAUGAUAAAUAAAAUAUUUUUCUAGGA